CAAACUGGUAACACUCAUAAUUUAAGAAAAUAUGUCAUCGCCUCGCUCUUUUACUUCCGCCAUUGUUCGCGAUAGUUUGUUAAAUUAUGGGUAAGCCAAGAGGUUUGAGAACAGCUAGAAAACAUGUUAAUCAUCGACGUGACCAACGUUGGGCUGACAAGGAUUACAAAAAGGCUCAUUUAGGUACAAGAUGGAAGGCCAAUCCUUUCGGCGGAGCUUCACAUGCAAAGGGAAUCGUUCUUGAAAAAGUAGGCGUUGAAGCUAAACAGCCAAAUUCAGCUAUUCGCAAGUGUGUCCGCGUUCAAUUGAUCAAAAACGGAAAAAAAAUUACAGCUUUCGUCCCUCGUGAUGGUAGUUUAAACUACAUAGAAGAAAAUGACGAAGUCUUAGUUGCCGGUUUCGGUCGUAAGGGUCAUGCUGUUGGUGACAUUCCCGGUGUUCGAUUCAAAGUUGUUAAAGUAGCUAACGUAUCGCUUUUGGCGCUGUACAAGGAAAAGAAGGAACGCCCAAGAUCUUAAACCAUCUGAUUUCUUGUGCUUCACAAUAAUGUAACAAUAAAAACGUUAUAAAAAAUUA